AUGUGUGGGUUGGCUCAAUGGCUGUGCUGCUUGUUUCUUGGACGUGACUCCAACGUGAGUUUCUAGGUUUUUGAAGUUGGAUGGAGAAGUUUUUUGAGGAAUUUUUGGAGUUUUUAAUUGAGAGGUUUGUUGGGCGUGUUGAUUGAAAGAUGGAAAGUGUCAUGGUCAAAACAUUGUAACAAGUUUUUUCUUUAACGAAACUUCGUGAAACUUUUAAGAAUCUGAAAAAAAACGUAGUUUUUGCAACUUAACAUUGCGUAAAAAUAGUUAUAAGCAUGAAGUAUAAAAAAAUAUCAAAUUUUACAGUUUAUUAGCUUUUAAAUUAUAAAUUUUAUUUAAAAAAUUAAUCUACAAAAACUAUAAAAAAUUAAAAACUUUUUCUUUUUGUACUUUAAAGCGUUUAAAUUAUUUUAAAAAUUUGUUAUGUUGUAUAAAAAAUAAAAUACAAAAAUGUCCUUUUAACAAGCUAAAACAUUUUCAAUCAAAAAAGCGAACUUUAAGCCGCAAUUCAUUGAAAAUUCAAAUUCGAAUGUAUUGUCAACCGUUUCAAUAUAAAGCUAACAAACUAUUCAAAAACUUUGGAAUUUUGAUUGGUUUUUCAUUUUUUUUUUAAACACAAAUUUUAAAUUUUGAUUUUUUAAUUUUUACGUCAAAUUGGCAUUGUGUUUCAAACCUAUAAUUUUGCCAAUUUUUGAUUUUUAAUCGAUUUUCUUUGAUAUACUAGUAGAAAACGUUUAGAUGGACUUACAUUUAAUUUAAAGCGUACCUUGUUUGGAAGAUUAAUAAAAAUGCUUGAAACACAAUGCCAAAUUUGUCAAAUGGGCGAAAAAAUAUUUUAAUUUUUUAAUUUUUUUUUAGUUUUUACAGUUUUUUUUACAAGAUUAUGAAAAACCCUAAAAUUUUAAAUUACUGUUAUUUUAAACAUUUUAUAAAUUUUCAAAUUCAGACCGCUGUUUGAAUUCGUGUUGAUUUCACGGAAAUUCUGAUAAUCCUCGUGAGUAAUCCUGGAGAAGGAAUGGCUGAUUCCGUCAUCAGCCUUAUCAAACCUUUUGUUUUCACGUUCGUAAUUCUUUUUCACAGGUUUUCAAUUGUAAAACUAUCCUUUUUCUCGAAUUUGGCUUGGAAUGCGCAGUAAUUUCAGGGGUUGUGGCUGAUUUUUCAAAUUUUAUUUGAGGGUAUGGCUAGGGUUUGUCGCGUGAUUUUUUUAGGGGGGGGGGGAAGAGGGGAGAAGGGGCGUAGGAAGGAAAAAUGUACUUAUUCUAUCAAAGACUAACAGAAUUUGAUUUUUUUAAGUGGAGGAAAGGAUAAAUUUUUUUUUGUUUUUUCUAAGCCUACACAACUUUUUCCUUGUAAGCCCAUUCCAGCUAGCCUAAAAACUGCUUUCAAAAAUAUUUCCUAACAAGUCAAUAGCUCAAUAACAUUGCUACGUAUCCUCUCAAAACACGAGGCUACGUAGCCGCGCGGCUUCGUGUGUAACGGGACACCGUGACGUUUCACCUCACGCAACACGAUCGAAAAGGUCAAGAAGUCGUACACUUUUCAAUAAGUGUAAUUUGUGUUCGGCCGCUGUUGGUAGUCACUAAACUUAUGCUUCGGUCUUCUGAACCGAACCACUGCACUUCCGGUGUUACGGCGUCCCGGGCACACAAAUUUGAGUUUCGAGUAUAUGUGUUUGUACUCGGGCCGCUUCUGAUUCGCCCGGCUAUUUGUGCUUGGAUUAGUGAUUGAAUUCGGUUUUGGAAGUUACUUCGGUCCACCACCAGUUAUUAUCUUGGCAGGACCUUGAAGUUACAAAAAGUCAUCAAAAAAUCGUUUUUUCUAUUUGUGAACCUACUAAAAUAAGGCUUUUGGUUAGAUAUUUUAUCAGUAUUUGGCUUCAACUUUCAAGUUUGUAGUUGAUGACUAAAACAAAAUUAUAUAUUUAUACUACAGUACUAUCUAGCUAAUAACAACUACAAAAUUAGCCUAUUAAGCUAUGGAAACUCGACAAGAACGCCGCUUUUCGCUAGCUGCAUUAGGGCCGUUUAUUCAUAAACCUCGACAAAGUUGUGCUGGUUUAGAUGAAGUAAUUUAUAUGUUGUGCUGUGAUCGUUUUGUCAUAAUGUUGUAGAUGACUUUGGCUUGGGGAUAGAUCAAAAAUCGAAAAAAAAAUUUAGUUUUUGUUUUAACAUUAGGUUUUUUAUAUUUAAAAAAAUGAUUUAUAGAUUCGUGUAAAGCAUUUUUGUCAUAACUAAGGCUAAAUAGGAAUCAAAGGUACUAGUUUUGCCAGUUUUUUAAAGAUAUCAAGUAAAAUUUUCACAUAAAUGUAGCCCAAGAAAUUAGGUUUUCGUAUGAUCAAAAGUUAGGCUUAAAAGUUUUAAGCUUCUUAUGUAUAACAGAGUUUUAAAAAACAAAACAAGUUUAAGCUAAAACACAAAAAAAUUAAAUGGAAAAAAUGAUUUUUUAAUCAAAAACAUGUGUGGUCAAGACGAAAAAUGCACAUUUUUAUCAAGUUUAUUAAAACAAACUUAAAUUUUUAUUUUCUAAUUCAAAAAAGCCAUUUAUAGCUUUAAAAUUUCACACUCCGUCUAUACCUCCGGAAGUUGAAUCCUGUAAAAAUUAUAAUUUAAUUUCGAAAAAAUUCAGCUGAGCAAACGCUGCGAUUGAUAAGCCAAACAAUGUGUUAGGCAAACGAUUAAUUGCUGUAGGCGAUGAGCCAUUUCCAUCGCAUUGUCUUCUUCGUCUGAUUGUCGUUCCUCUUUUCAGCGUUCUAUGUUCGACGCCGAACAAAGACGGAAACAGUUUGCGUUUCAAAAUGCUCGAUCUCACAGCGCUCCGCCGCGCAAAAAGUGGUACCGUCGAGGUAAGUUUUGAACUUUUAUUAAAUUUUUAAAAGUUUCAUUGUUUUUUACAUUAUGUUUUAAGUUUGGGUAGAUCUGGCUAGGAAAUACAUUAUGUUUUAAGUUUGGGUAGAUCUGGCUAGGAAAUUGAAAUAAAAGAUGAGCAAUGGGGUUGAGAGAGGGAGAGAUCGUGGGAGGGGUAGCCCAAGGUUCUUCUUUGUUCUAAAUUUCGAUAAGACUAAAAAGGGGGCCCACGAGGCUCGGCUUUGAUGGACCUGACCAGUUUAACACUUUACCGGGCUGAACAAUUAGGGGGAACAUUACAUUUUCUACUUCUUUUUAAUACCUAAUUUUAAAGUUGUAACAUUUUCUUUGCACAACUAUUUUAUUAAUGUAACAUUGCCAAUCACUUCCCUUUCUUUACACUGUAAAAACAGAUGAAAGAUAACAGUUAACACGUUGUUUUCCCAACCUUUCGAACUUUGUUUUUUGUAAUUUCAGCUUGGUUUUUCUUCAAAAUCCAUUGAGAUCAACUUUUUUGAUUCGAACAAAAGAUUGUUUGUUAUUAGUAGUAGGUGAUUGGUAGAGGUAAUAAAAAAGAAUCAAGAUAUAUUGAGGUGUUUUCUAUCUGUUUUGGGUUUAGGUGGCUUGGCUUUACGUUUUUAAAAGUGCUUUUGAUGGAAUUUCUGAGCAUUAGGAGGUGGAUCUUUUAAUUUUUUUUGCUUUAGUUUCUAGUGUUAGGUUUGAGAGUACUGUAAUUUAAAAUUUAAGAUAACUUUUACUUUUGGGUUUUUAAAAUGAUAUUUUUAAGAGCUCUGUAAAAGUUUGUUCAAAUAAUUCUGAGCCCCUAACUUCAACAAAUGUACUCCCUUGUGCUUUCAGAGUGACUCAGAAUUAUUUGAACUCUUCAUAACUUUAUACACUAGUAGUACGAUAUCAUUUUUUACAUUUUCUACAGUAAGAAUGUCAAAAAUACCGUAUUACAGGACCCCUCCGCCGCAUGGGUUCUCAACAUACCAUGUUAUACGACAAAAUGGUAUCACGACGACUGGUUGGUGCUAUAGCAAUGUGGCAUGAUCUUCAUUCGAACCUUCUACAACUAUCUCUGGAUCACAAUAAUGACAAAGAUGAGGGUCAUCGAGUAACCUCGUCAAACUCAUCUACAUCACCAGUAGAAGGUGAUGAAGAUAGCUUGUCACAAGAUAGUAGUAUCAGUGAUGAGGAAUGGGAUCAUCAACAUUAUGGUAGGUGUGGUUUUGAAGAUUUUGGCAUUUUUGGGUUUGAAAUUAAAAAAAAAUGAAAUUUAGGUAUGAAAUUAAAAAAUUGAGUUUUUUUCGAAAUUUUAAAAACUGCUAAUUUAAAAUUUUUAAAAAUAAAAUUUUUUACUUGAAGUUUGAUUUUUUAAUUUGAAAUUAUUUCCAGACGAAUCCGAAGAAUCAGACGAAGACCUUCUCAGCGACGAUGCCCUGGACGAGAUUGUGGAAUCGGAACGUCAGAAUUUUCGAAGUCGUUUCUCAAUCUCGAACCCCGACCUGACAGGUGACCAACUACGUGGCAUGUUCCCGGAACUUUCGGACCAUUGGAGGUAG